AUGAACAUCAUUUCAAACCCGCACAAGACACUUGUAUUUGAUAUUGGAAGCUGUUACACGAGGUUUGGAUAUGCAGGUGAUGUUCAGCCAUCUUUUAGCGUUCCAUCUUCAAUUAUUCAGAGAGUUAGAGAUGGUGAAAAAACAUAUGAGUUCGGAGAUUCAUGGCUUUCGAAAAAUAUGCCUGAUUUGGAAGUUGUGAGUAUGAUUGAUGGUAGUGGAAAUCUUGUUCCUGAUCAUUCUCAGAUUAUUCCAACUUAUCUUGAUUGGACAUACUCGAAAUGCUUACAAAUAGAUCCAUCAGAUCAUCCAGUACUCCUCACACAACCAACUCAGAUUACUAUAAAUAAAGGACAAUUUGAAAAUUGGAGAAAAUCGUGGUGUGAACAUCUUUUUGAGUUUGCAAACCAUCCAUACUUAUGUUUGGAGUUUGAUUCAUCACUUGCUGCACUCUCACGUGGUCUUCAAACAGGAAUUGUCCUUGAUUUUGGUUGGUUAUAUACAAGAAUUGUUCCUAUCUUUGAAGGAAAGCCAUUAUUAAAUGUCGCACGAAAUUACCAAAUUGGAACAUAUACAUUUGUUGAUUAUGUCGAGACUCUUACUAAUCAGUCUGGCGGAAAAAUUUACACUUUAUUCGAUCCACCUGAGCAGAAUCAACAAUUCAACGUCAAUUUUAAGCCCCUUGUAGCUCGUUUUCCACUAUAUACACCCACAGAAUCACAACAGAAAUACGCGAAACGAAAUAUAAUUAUUGAUAUCCUCAAAACACAGCUUACAUAUAUUAGUACGAAACAACAAGAUCCUAUGGCUCUUCUUUACUACGUUCCUGGGCAUGAACCCCUCAAAACAUCCGUUCUUGCCCCUCUUAAAUCAAUUUUCUGGCAAAGAAUCGGAAACUCACCAAUUCCACUACUUCCCGAUACUAUUGCCGAUGUAAUUGGCAAAUGUCCAGGUGAUGUUCAGCGUUUAAUGUGGAAGAAUAUCAUUCCUGUUGGCGGUCUCUCAAAUGUUCCAGGAAUGUACGACAAAUUGAGAGAACUACUUGGAAGGCUUGUCCCUAGAAACUAUAUGGUCGACAUUAUCCCUCCAAUGCACCCUAUGUGCAACGGUUCUUUCUCUGUUUGGGUUGGCGGUUCAAUUAUGGGCUCUCUUGAUAACUUCCCAGAGUUCUGCAUCUCAAAACAAGAAUGGUCAGAACAAGGUGAAGCAAUUCUUUCAAAAAAGUGUAAAUAA